AUGUUUGGCGUGCAAGCACGAAGACCUGAGUUUGGAUCUCCUGCAAAAGGACACUGCACAUUUUAUUGUGUUUCCUUGCAGCUAUUUCACUCAAUUCAGAGAACCUGUUUGGACUUGUCUAAAGCAAUUGUGCUCUAUCAAAAGAGAAUAUGUUUCUUGUCUCAAGAAGAAAAUGAACUGGGAAAAUUUCUCCGAUCCCAAGGCUUCCAAGACAAAACCCGAGCAGGAAAAAUGAUGCAAGCCACAGGCAAGGCCCUCUGCUUUUCCUCCCAGCAAAGGUUGGCUUUGCGAAACCCUUUGUGUCGAUUUCACCAAGAAGUAGAAACUUUUAGACAUCGGGCCAUCUCUGAUACCUGGCUGACAGUGAAUCGCAUGGAGCAGUGCCGGACAGAAUAUAGAGGGGCAUUACUAUGGAUGAAAGACGUGUCUCAGGAACUUGACCCAGACCUCUACAAGCAAAUGGAGAAGUUCCGGAAGGUACAGACACAAGUACGCCUUGCGAAAAAAAACUUUGACAAAUUGAAGAUGGAUGUGUGUCAAAAGGUGGAUCUUCUUGGAGCAAGCAGAUGUAAUCUCUUAUCUCACAUGCUAGCAACAUACCAGACCACUCUGCUCCACUUUUGGGAAAAAACCUCGCACACCAUGGCAGCCAUCCAUGAGAGCUUCAAAGGUUACCAACCAUACGAAUUCACAACAUUAAAGAGCUUACAAGACCCCAUGAAAAAGCUAGUUGAGAAAGAAGGGAAGAAGAGUGCCCGGAAGGAAAGCCCGGAGGCCGCCACGCAGGAGCCGAGGCAAUUAAUUUCUUUGGAGGAUGAGAACCAGCACAAAGAAUCCUCUACUUGUAAGAAUGAAGAUGGAAAAAGUUUUUUGCCUUCUAUAGACAAAAACUCUGCACAAGAUGCAUGCUCAGGACCCAUAGAUGAACUAUUAGACAGGAAACCUGAGGAAGCUUGCCUGGGUCCCACGGCAGGGACCCCAGAACCCGAAGGUGGGGACAAGGAUGACCUCCUGUUGUUGAACGAGAUCUUCAGCACUUCCAGCCUGGAUGAAGCAGAGUUCAGCAGAGAGUGGGCUGCAGUGUUUGGGGACGACCGGCUGAAGGAGCCAGCCCCCGUGGGGGCCCAGGGAGAGCCAGACCUCAAGCCCCAGAUAGCCUCUGGAUUCCUUCCUUCGCAACUUUUAGACCAAAAUAUGAAAGAUCUACAGGCCUCUCUCCAAGGCUGGCCAGAGAACAAUGUCAGUCCUCCUCCUCCAUGGCCUGUACCAAAGAUGAGCAAUUCAAAUGGCAACAGCUCUGCACCAAAAGAGCCUGCCAAGGCUGCCUCAGACCUGACUGCCUGGUUCAGCCUCUUUGCUGACCUCGACCCCUUAUCAAAUCCUGACGCUAUUGGGAAAACCGAUAAAGAACAUGAAUUGCUCAAUGCAUGAGUCUGCGACCUUCAACAGGGAGCCCCCGGGCCACUCCACAGCGCCUCAUCCAGGGCUCACAGAAGGCUAACAUGCUCAGUAUGCUGUUUUAAUAUUUACGUGCCAUUUUAAUAAAAUGAGAGGGUCACGGCCCCGUUUCUA